AUGUGGCGCCCAAUUCUUCUUCUGCUCGCUGCCCUCGGUGCUGCAGCGCUUCCGGCUGUGCAGGAUUAUGACGGAUGUACACGCGAUGACCUCUUCAAGUCUUUGCAAUGGGACGGAGAGGAGUUUUGCAGCAUGCUCCUCGACCCUGACUGUUACACCUCCAUCAGUACACCGGCUGAGUAUGCCACCUACGGCUCUGACAAGCUGUCCUCCUACGUCUCGUACUCGCACCCACUCCUGGGAGACAACGUCGUCUACGGAAACGAACAGCUCAUCGACCCAUGCUCCAACUCACCAGUUACUUCUGUGACAGUUUUGCCUGGAAAUACCACUUCCACUCCGGCGUCAAAUGCUACGUCGUCAGUAUCGACCUCGACGUGGAACAAUGAAACUACCGCCCUAUCACCAGUUACUUCGGUGACAGUCUUACCUGGAAACACAACCACCCCCACUCAGGCCUCAAAUGCUACAUCCUCAGCAGCUCCUGAGACGGAAGUCUCUUCAAUCAAUGUUAUCCCUGGUAACGCCACUUCUACUCAGGUCUCGAACGCGACGUCCUCUUCCACGGGAGUCACAUCUACUACCACUCUCACUGUGAACGCCACAACUACUCUGUAUUCAAAUACCUCUACGGUGAUCACGCCCAUGCCAGUUCCUGUGAUUACCCCCCCUACGGAUUUUACAUCUUUCCCGCUGCCCAACACGAUCCCGGUGGUGAAUACCACGACGCCAGCAGCAACGCCAACGCCUUUCCCCGCCGCCAACCUCACCGGUGUCCUGCGCGGACCAGCCCCGUCUUCGCAGGCGUGCCACUCCCGGCCCGUGGCCAAGGACGGCGCCGCGCACGUCGCGAACCUGGAAAACGAAGAUAUCCGCCGGAAGAACCUCACACUCGCAUUUCCGUACGUGGGCUUCGUCAACUUUGACAGCGACAGCGUCACGCCGCUCUCCCUGUCCGUCCGGGACGCCGCCAAGGGCUCGCACGUCAUCGACGUCUCGGAUCCGACGGCCGUGACCAUAUUCGACUCGCGCAACAACUCGAUGCGGCUGGACGCCACGGGCAUCCACUUCGUCACUGGGCACUGCAACCUGACCGUGUCGUUCUUCGUUGACGACAUGUACGGCCAGCUCGCUCGGCAGUCGCUCGACGUGUGUUCCAAGGGUGCCAAAGCACUGCUGGCCGGCGACGAUGAGCCAUCGUUUAUGCAAACGCUUCUCCUGAGCGACCAGUGCGGUGACCCGGUCAGCCCUCGCGUCCGGCGGUAUCCCGACCUGCGCGUCGACGACGAGCCGUGCAUCCCCGUGCCCGGCGACCACUCCAAUGGCACGUGGACGUUUGACUGCCCGUGGGAGGGCGUCGGCGUCGGUCCCGCCGCCGCGCAGCGGUGCGUCGCGUCGCUCAAGCGGCACGCCGUGAACUUUCUGCUCUACGACCCGUUCAACGGCGGCUGCGCCGACGUCUCCAGCGUCGUGACGCUGCUCGAGGCGUCGGCGCAGGACAUGCUCAGCACGGCGGCCCUGCAGGCGGAGCUCCACGGGCAAAUCGGCGGCAACGACACGGACCGCUUCUACAAGGCCGACGACACCGUCAUGUACUACCUGCAGCUGUGGGAGACGCUCAAGAGCACGCUCUCCCGGAUGCGCGGCCUCAACCCGGGCCGCGGCAGCAACCUCAAGCAGUACCUCGACACGUACGACCGCUUCCGCAACUUUGCCGUCGACGCCUGCGCGAGCGUCAACAACGGCUCCGUCGCGCGCGACCCGGCCGUCCUGAGCCUGCGCGCCGGCAGCAGCACCAUCCCGGCGCUGGCCCGCCUAGUCGACGUUCCCGUCGGGGGGACCGUCCCGCUGGCCGCGGCGGUCCAGGAUCCUGCAAAGGUGGCCUGCUGCCCGAACGGUGCCGUCUCGGUGACGGACGAGGUCACGGGGAAGUGCGCGUACCCUCCCGAGGCGUUCGUGACGGGCACGGGGUGCGUCUGCGGAAGGACGGUGACACAGGCGUCGGUGGCGUUCAGAUACAGGCAGUGCGACAACUUCGUCAGCCAGUGCCGGGCGGACUCGGACUGCGCCGCCGCGGGUUACGCGAACUACCAGUGUCUCAUUGGAAGCUGCUGCGGUACGGGCGUCUGCUUUGACCCGUACGAGUGCUCUCGUAAGGACGUUGCCUUGCUCCCGGGUAACGCGCUCGAAUAA